ACUUAAAAAAAGUUGAAAGUUGAAACUAACGCGCACUAAAAUUCAAUAAUAGUCUUAGAGAGAGAGAGAGAGAGAGAGAGAUAAAAAAAAAGAACCGAAAUGGAAUCACCGGCGUCGGGUUCGGGCGAAACGGCGACUCGGGUCGUGACGAGGGGGUCAGUGAUAGACUCGAUUCGAGGGUGCGGGUUAUCGGGUAUGAGAAUCGACAAGGAAGAGCUGCGGCGGAGGCUAGUAAUGCCGCAGUACCUUCGUUUCGCCAUGCGCGACGCUAUUCGCCUCCAAGACCCUACGGCCGGCGAGGCUCGCUUUCACGAGCGGACCGACCUCAAUGUCGGGCCGCCCGAGGCUCCGAUCGUCGUGUUCAUCAACGCUCGUAGCGGUGGUAGACACGGGCCUGAGCUUAAAGAGAGGCUGCUUCAAUUGAUUGCCGAAGAACAGGUUUUUGAUUUGAAGGAUGUGAAGCCGCAUGAGUUUGUACAGUAUGGUUUGAAAUGUCUGGAGAUGUUGGCUGGGAUUGGUGACUCUUGUGCCAAAGAGACUCGUGAAAGGUUAAGAGUUGUGGUUGCUGGAGGAGAUGGAACAGUGGGUUGGGUGCUGGGAAGUCUGGGAGAGCUUAAAAAAGAGAAAAGGGAGCCGUUUCCUCCUGUAGGAAUUAUUCCACUUGGUACUGGGAAUGAUCUAUCUAGGAGUUUUGGUUGGGGUGGUUCGUUUCCUUUUGCAUGGAAAUCAGCCGUCAAAAGAUCUCUCCACCGCGCUAGUACGGGUGAUGUCUGCCGUUUGGAUAGUUGGCAUAUUCUGCUGUCAAUGCCAAAUGGCGAAGUUGUUGAUCCACCCUACUCUUUGAAGCAUACAGAAGAGUGUUCUCUUGAUGAGGGUUUGGAAGUUGAGGGGGCGUUGCCUGAGAAAGUGACUUCCUAUGAAGGAGUGUUUUAUAAUUACUAUAGCAUUGGAAUGGAUGCCCAAGUUGCUUAUGGCUUCCACCAUUUACGCAAUGAAAAACCUUACCUUGCACAUGGUCCAGUUGCAAAUAAGCUGAUCUACUCUGGUUACAGUUGUGCUCAAGGUUGGUUCAUCACUCCUUGCUCGAGCGAUCCAAGUUUAAGGGGCCUAAAGAACAUAUUAAGGAUGCAUGUCAAAAAGGUCAAUUGCUCAGAAUGGGAGCAGAUUCCAGUCCCCGCAAGUGUUAGGGCAAUAGUUGCUCUGAAUCUUCAUAGCUACGGAAGUGGAAGAAAUCCAUGGGGUAAUUUGAAGCCAAAUUAUUUGGAAAAGAGAGGCUUUGUUGAGGCCCAUGCUGAUGAUGGUUUACUAGAAAUAUUUGGCCUAAAGCAAGGGUGGCACGCAUCUUUUGUUAUGGUUGAACUCAUCUCUGCCAAACACAUUGCCCAGGCUGCAGCUAUUCGCUUGGAAAUUAGAGGUGGAGAGUGGAAAGAUGCGUAUAUGCAGAUGGAUGGGGAACCAUGGAAACAACCAUUGAGCAAGGACUAUUCGACGUUUGUGGAAAUUAAGAGGGUCCCUUUUCAGUCAGCUAUGAUCAGUGGAGAGUGAUAUUGGUGCCUUGUGUUCCAUUUAGGUGUAGCUGGGAUUCAUGUAAAGCAGGUGUAUUACCUGAGGGCUUGUAUUGUAAAUUAUAUCUCUGUGCCUCAGUAACAGUGUAUUUGUUGUUGUAUCAAAAUCAGUUGUUAGUCAAAAUUUCCUAUAUAUUCCUCUUUAUUGCGAAGACUAGCUUACAUACUAUUUAGAGAGGAACUGGCUACCGGGUUUAUUGGUGCCUCAAGGAAUGAGUAAUUUAAGGUGCGAAAAAUAGGUGUUGAUGUGAUCCUUCUUAUGUGAUAAAUAAUUAUAAUUGUUGAUAUUUAUUGAACAUGACGAUUAAAUUGAUAAUAAGAAGGCACACUGCUUGAAUGUAAUUUGAUUCA